CAACAAUUCCGCUUAGAACAACGCUCAACGAACCCUCUUGUUAGGCACGAAAGCCUUUUUCCCCCUGGAGCCUAUUCCUCUAAGUCUACCGAGCAGUGGAACCCCCCGGGGCCCCUCGCUAUUAUUUUAACUACCCCAACGCCGCACCGACCAUGGAUUCUUACAUCGAUUAUCUAUCUAGGUCUGAAAUUGGUGGAAGUAUAGACAAUAAUGGCCGCUGUACUCAAAACUACUUUUCUAGGAGACAUUCGUGGUCGACAAGAUGACAGUGUGACACAGUACCUGGGUAUCAAAUAUGCUACUCUCAAGGAUAGUUUUGCGAGCGCAGAACUCAUCGAGAAACGCGAGGGCGAUAUCCUCGAUGCAACCAAGGAUGGACCUACUGCGGUCUCUCCUUUGCUUGGAUGCGAUCUUGAGCAGAGUGCUAUCCAACAUUCUCUCCCCAAGAAAGACCUCCCUCAGUCAGAAUUGGACUGCCUCAACUUGAACAUAGCCAUCCCAGAAGGCACCACCACUUCCUCAAAACUUCCAGUUUUCGUUUAUAUCCAUGGAGGGGGAUUUAUGAUUGGUGCCAAUUCGUGGCCACAAUUCGACUAUACGCGCCUUGUCAAAUUGUCCGUGGAGAAGAAUCUACCCAUUGUUGCGGUCUCUAUCAACUAUCGAUUGGGCGUGUUUGGAUUCUUAACCUCCAAUGACCUUCGCCAGGCUGGAUACAAAGCCAACAACGGUCUCCGUGACCAGAGAGUCGCCUUGGAAUGGGUGCAAAAGCAUAUCUCAGAUUUUGGUGGAGAUCCAGAGAAUGUGACUUUAGCGGGAGAGAGUGCCGGAGGAGCUUCUGUCACAUAUCACCUCCAAUCGGAUAAAGCACUCUUUAGACGAGCAAUUUCGAUGAGUGGGACUAAUUUUCUAAUUAAGCCUCUGCCUUUGGCCAUGCAUGAGCAGAAUUACAAGCAGGCAAUUGCGGCAUUGGGAUUGACAAACGCGAGUACGGAAAGAAGACUCAGCACCCUUCUCAAGACCCCAGGACAGGACCUAAUCGCUAGGAUCCCACAGUCUGCCCUGUCUCUUCCUGCCAUUGAUGGAGAUAUUGUACCCUCCACACUUGCUACAUAUGCGCAGACGGCAGACAGGGAUGCAGAUAAUCCAAUGGGCAAGGCUUGGUGUGAAGAUCUGAUGAUUGGUAAUACUCAGAUGGAUACCAGUAUCUUCACUGUUAUGAUGCCCCAUCUCAAGAAAAAUUGUGCCAAAAAGUUCAUCAAUGCCAUACACACCGUUCUUGCAGAUAAUCUGAGCGUAGCCAAUCAGAUUCUGGACAAAUAUGGCAUCACCAAUGCCACAGAAGACGAAGAAGCAUUCUAUGCUGCUCUCAAUUAUAUCAAUGACACCUCCUUCUUCGCCCCUGUCUUAACCUUUGCACGGGGCUGGAGAGGAAAUGCGUACGUUUAUUACUUCAACGAGGGAAACCCGUGGGAUGGUCCAUGGAAGGACAAAGCAUCCCAUAUCCUUGACGUCGCCUAUCUAUUCCAGAACUUCCGGGAGUUCCUUUCGCCAACGCAACAGGCUGUCGGAAGCGCCUUUGCGGAGGAUUUCUUCAAGUUCUGCCACGGAAUUGCUCCAUGGCCUGCAGUUAAGGGAAGUGACAUUACCAAAGACUUUACUGCGCGGGUCUACGGUCCCAGCUCCAAAGGAACAACGGCGGGGGAGGUCACGCAGCCUUACGGUGGUCAGAGCUCACGAAGAAGCAUCCUGUUUGAUUUUGUUGACCAGGUGUCAUUGGAUGACCUGGCGGCGGUGUCUGCCGUUUUCAUGUCGAUGGAGUAAGGCCUAUACUGUCAUGAUGGAAUUUCAAUCGACAUAAGGGCCUUUCUUCUACUAUAUACAGGAAUCUCCUACAAGCGUACCUUAGAAUUACUUCGGGAAAAUGAGACAACUACACAAAAUAGAAGAGCCAUUAGUAUAUCACAUCGCUCUCACUAAGAUGCUUCAGUAGCCUCUUUUGAAUGUUACCUGUCGACCUAGAGUCAAGCGCUGUGAGAAGUCAUCCGGAAGCAUAAUCUCAAUUUGAACAAUAUAG